AAUGCCAUUGCAGUGCAAGCAUAUGCAGCAUAAAUGAGGAGCCUAAGAAAAAAAUAUUACCAAUGUAUGACAAAUCCCCUGAAUUUCAAUCACCAGUAUCCGUAAUGGCCGUAGUUUAAAUGACCCCUCGCGCUGUCCAGGGCUCAGAGAGAGGCUAGCCUCAACGUAGCUAACAAGUUAGCAUAUAGCUAACAGCUAACGGGACGUUGAAAAUAAACUGAGGUGUUCAUGUUUGUUCUUACUAAUAACGGCUAGUUUUUACUACAUAUGGUUGCGAUCAAUGGCAUGCUUAUAUUGCUCUCAUGGAGAAUUAUCUAGACUUUACUACUCCUAACGUUGGCCGGGUUUAUUCCAGUUUUCUGUCCCUUAUCCCGGUAUGGGGGACAUGAAAACCCCAGAUUUUGACGACCUGUUGGCAGCGUUUGACAUUCCUGACAUCGAUGCCAAAGAGGCCAUCCAGUCGGCCCCCGAGGAUGUGGAGGGCCACCACGGCGGGAAGCCAUCGGACGGCGGGCCGGGGGCCCCUGGGGGCCCGUCCCUCAGACCCCCCAGCCCUUCGGACGCCCAGGCUCUGUCCCUCCCCUCGCAGGCGGACCCCUCCAUCGUCAGCGUGAUCGUGAAGAACCGGGUUCGCCCCGAGACGGAGGCGGAGUCGGACAGAGAGGGCGUGGACGGAGGCGGGGCCGGGGGCGUGGUCACGGGCUCCCGCCUGGGCCCCAGGAUCCCGCCGUCGGUCUCGUCUGAGCCCCUGAGCCAGUCCGUCAACGGCUUCGUGCCGACGGCGGCCGCGGCGGACCCGCUGCUCCGGCAGACCCAGGGCCCGUCCAACGGCGAGCUGUGGCCGCCGCGCUCCCCGAAAACGGGGGCGGAGGGCGGCGGCGGGGGCGGGCUGGGGACGGGCGGCGGGUCGGCCAAAGCGGCCAGGCAGCCCGGCGGAGUCCCGAGCAGGCUGAAGCCCCUGACCCUGACUCCUGGCGAGCCUGCGGGGAAGGCCCGGAAGCCGCCGCCGCCGCCGCACCAGCACCAGACCGCGCCCGGCGGGACGGCCGAAGACGCGCCCCCCGCCUCGCCGUUCGCCCGCUCGUCCUCCGAGCCCCCGACCGCCCCCGGGCUUUCCGUCGGGCUGCCUCCCCCUUUCUUUCCUCCCCCGAAACCCGUGCUCCUCUCCCCCUCCACCCCCCCGCCCUCCGCCGCUGCCCUCCUCUCGCGCCCCGGGAUGCUGGCCUCGCCCCCGCCGGACCCCUCGCAGCCGUUUAACGGCACCCAGAGGGUCGGCAGCCCGGCCGGGGGGCGGCCCGUCGGGUUCCGCCGCCUGGAAUCGGACGAGGAGGAUUCUGAGCCGGACCUGGGGAGUCCGCUGGUGAUCCAGGAGAGCCCGGACUCCCCCGCCCGCACCCCUCCGAAACUUUCCCGCCGCCACCGGUCGUCCUCGGAAACCUUCGGCUCUCCCACCCCGCCCCGACAGGUUCCGCCGGGGGCCGACUGCGCCAAGCCCGGAGAGCCGGCCCCGGGGUCCCCCUCGCCCUCCCCGCCUCCCCCCCCCCGCGGGCCCGCCGGCUCCGGCGCCGGCCCGGCGCACGAGGAGCGGAACCCGGAGCACGUCAUCGAGGAGCGGGACUCGCCAGAGAGCCCCGAGCCCGAAGCCCCCAACCGCCCUGCUGCUGCCGCCGCCGUCACGGCAACGGUGAAAAGGAGCCCCAGCCCUGCUGCGGCCCCGCCCGAGAGCAUCCCCAAGGUCAAGGACGAGGAUGAGGAGGAUGAGGAGGAGGAAGACGAGGAAGAGGAGGAGGAGGAGGAAGAGGAGGAGGAGGAGGAGGAGAUGGAGGGAGUGAAGGAAGAGGGGGAUAUGGAAGAGGAGCAGGAGGCCGUGGAUGGCAAGGCAGGCUCAGAGAGCGAGGCGGGGGAGGGUGGAGCGGCAAAGGACGUGAAGGCGGAGCCUAAGAGUGCGGUGGUGGCUGGGAUGGAGGCCGUGGCCGCGGGCAAGACGCCGCCGCUCAAGGGAACUUCCAAAGUUUCUACGACGACCGGCGGCGGCGGCGCCCCCUCACGGCCCCUCAAGGUCCGAAUCAAGACCAUAAAGACGCCCACCGGGAGCAUCACCAGGACCGUGACCCGGGUGGCACCCAAGGGGGCGGCUUCCACGGCGGGCAAGGGCCCGGAGCCCGCCAAGGGCCCGCCGGAGAGCCGGCGGCUGGCCAGCAGGCCCAGGAGGGCGGCGGACGCGCUCGGCCCCCAGCAGCAGGCCGCCAAGGCCGCCAUGCUUCCCGUGUCCACCCUGCAGGACGCCAGCACCGCCAUGCUGGUGGCCGCCAGCAAGGCGCAGAACAAGAUGGCGGUGGCCUCCUCCUCCUCCUCCUCCACGGAGAAGGCUAAGGUCUCGGCCACGGCCGUCAGCAUCACCAAGUCCGCCACCCUCCCCGCCGUCUCCACCUCCUCCGGAACAGCCGCCGCCGCCAAAUUCGCCGUGGGCGCAGGCGGGAUGGGCGUGCGCCCGGCGGGGGGGGCGAAGGCGCUGAACGGGGCCGGCGGGGCGGCGGGCCCCCAGCCCGCGGGCGGGCCCCAGGUCUCCAAGCCGGCGUCCAUCGUCAACAGCACCGGGGCGGUGAUCUCGCGCAGCCAGUCCAGCCUGGUGGAGGCCUUCAACAAGAUCCUCAACAGCAAGAACCUGCUGCCCAGCUACCGGCCCGACCUCUCCACGCCGCCGCCCCCCGAGUGGAGCCUCCCGCUGCCCGCCAGCGGCUACCGCUGCCUGGAGUGCGGCGACGCCUUCGCCCUGGAGCGCAGCCUGGCGCGCCACUACGACCGCCGCUCGCUGCGCAUCGAGGUCACGUGCAACCACUGCGCCAAGCGGCUGGCCUUCUUCAACAAGUGCAGCCUGCUGCUGCACGCCCGCGAGCACAAGGAGCGCGGCCUGGUCAUGCAGUGCUCCCACCUCGUCAUGCGGCCCGUCUCCAUCGAGCAGAUGAUAGGCCAGCAGGACACCACGCCCAUCGGUGUGCUGUCCCCGACCCUCCCCCCCACCUCUGUCUCGUCAUCGUCCGCCCCCCCGGCGGCCGCCUCCACGGGCCCCAGCCCGUCCAAGGAGACGCCGGGGGCCCCGCCCGCCCCGCCCCCCCGCCGGGCCCCCGAGAGCCCCCAGGCCCUGCUGCCCCUGCCCUGCAAGAAGGGGGAGGUGCUGCAGUACCACAACUUCAAGUGUCCCGAGUGCCACGCCCAGUUCGGGGGCAAGGCCGAGCUGGUGGCGCACUUCCAGGAGAUCAAGGCCGCUUCUAACUCUACCUGCAUGCUCUGCUCCCCGCCCAUGAUGCUGCCCAACGCCUGCAGCACGGCGGCUCACCAGCGCUUCCACAAGCACCGCUCGCCGCACGUCUGCCCCGAGUGUGGGGGCAUCGCCCGGCAGGCCAGCUUCCAGACCCACCUGGAGGAGGCCUGCCUGCACUUCGCCCGCCGCAUCGGCUACAGGUGCUCCAGCUGCCAGGUGGUGUUCGGGGGCCUGAACUCCAUCAAGUCCCACAUCCAGACGGCCCACUGCGAGGUCUUCCACAAGUGCCCCAGCUGCCCCAUGGCUUUCAAAUCUGCCCCCAGUGCCCAGGGGCACAUCAGCACCCAGCACCCCAACCUCACUGCCCCACAGGCCAAGAUGAUCUACAAGUGCGUGAUGUGUGACACGGUUUUCACCCAGAAACCCCUGCUUUACAUGCAUUUCGACACCCACCUGGCUAAGCAGAAGGUGCACGUCUUCAAGUGUCCUGACUGCACCAAGCUCUACGCUCAGAAAGGUUCCAUGAUGGAGCACAUGAAGACUACUCACCGAGGGCUGUCAGUCAAGCAGGAGGCGCCGGACUCUAGCCCCGCCCCCCGGGCCGCCCCUCCCGCUUCCCUGCCGAAAGCCAAGCCCCCGAGCAAGGCCGAGAGCUCGGACGGCGAGGACUGGGGCGCGGAGCGGGAGGAGGAGGAGGACGAGGACGAGGACGAGGAGGAGGACGGGGAGGAAGGAGGGGACGGGGAGGGGGCCGACGAGGACGCGGACGACGCGCCCAGCUCUCCCGAGUCGGGGGUGGCGGGAUCGCGGCCCGGAGUGCCGGCUGAGUGGAGCUGCCAGCAGUGCCAGACCCGCUAUGCCGAGAGGGACGACUACAUCUCCCACAUGAGGAAGGAGCACGGCAAGUCGGUGAAGAAGUUCCCGUGCCGCAUGUGCGAGCGCUCCUUCUGCUCCGCCCCCAGCCUGCGGCGCCACGUACGGGUCAACCACGAGGGCAUCAAGAGGGUCUUCCACUGCCCGCACUGCACGGAGGGGAAGCGCACCUUCAGCAGCCGCCUGGUCCUGGGGAAGCACAUCCGGCUCCGGCACGGCGUCCAGAUGCGCGAGAGGGGCGCACGGCGGCCGCGGGACGCGCAGGGCCCCGCGCUGACCCGGAAGCGCUCUGCCUCCGGGCGGCCCCUGGACGAGGCGAUGGGCAGCUCCUCGGAGCCCGAAGGGGAGGGCGGGCCCGGCGCGCCGGGGGGCGGAGCCACGGAGGAGGAAUCGGAAGGGGGCGCGGCGGCGGGCGGGGAGGAGAGCGGCGGGGAGGGCGCGGCCGGCCCGGCGAAGAGGCCGCGGGCGGCGGCGGCGGCGGAGGAGGACGCGGCGGAGUUCCGCUGCGUCCCGUGCGGCUUCUCCACGGAGGACCGGCAGGAGUUCCUGCGCCACAUCCCCCAGCACCGGCCCGACGCCGCCUCCCAGCAGUGCGGCCGCUGCGGGGCCUGCUUCGCCUCCGCCACCUCGCUCAGCCGCCACCGCUUCAUCACGCACCGCGUGCGCGACGCCCCCGAGGCCGCCCCCGGGGCCGCGCAGGCCGACGCCCACCCGGGGGGCGGGGCCAGGGCCGGGGGCGGGGCCUCGGCCCCCGCGGACCCCGCCCUGCACGGGGGCUCCUCCCCCGACUCCCCCUCGCCCCUGCAGCUGGGGGAGGACGCCGAGGGCCGCGUGGGGUGCAGGGUGUGCGGCCGGCGCUUCGACAAGGCCUCGGACCUCAGCACCCACUUCCGAACACACGGCAUGGCCUUCAUCGCCGCUCACAAGACGGACAGACCAGUGUAGGCAGGGAGGGAGGGAGGGGGAGAGAGGGGAAGAUAGAGGGAUGGAGAGAGGAGGAAGUCCAAUGGUUGUCGACUGACGGGAGGAGGGGGGGGUGAGAGGUCAGCGAUAAACGGUAGUGUCUGCAUGUCGUCCUCAUCGUUAGUUCCUGGGCUCGCUCACACACACACACACACACACACACACAGUAAGUGUCAGUGGCAUUACAGGCAUUUAUCCAAUCAUAAUAUGGUGAAAGACCAGAGGACUGUGGAACACAGGGGCUGUACGCAGAGUUUUGGGGGGUGGUGCGUAGAGGGCUCCCAAACUCUGCCUGUUUCACACAGGUUAAUCUCUUCAAUCUGUAAGCUUCCUCUCACAUCAUUCUCACUCUCCUUCCUACUUAUCUGUAUCGCUCCCUACCUCCCUCUUCUCUCUCCCUCUCUCCAUUUUCCCUUCUGUCGGUCUUUCAGGUGCCUGUCCACCUCAUCCAGUCCUUAUUCACUCUGUUUGCCCUACCCUGCUCGUCCACUCGGCCUUCUCCUUAUAUCAGUGUCCCUACUAUUGCUGGCCAUUCAGAAGUUCCCUUCUAUCUGUGCGCCUACCAUUCUUAUCCAGUCAGCCUUUUCCUUAUAUCAGUAUUCCUGCUAUUCCUAGCCUCUCAGCAGUUCCCUUUUAUCUGUACCUCUAUAGUCCUUAUCCAGUCAGCCUUCUCCUUAUAUCAGCGUCCCAAUUAUUCCUGUCCAAUCAGCAGGUCCCUUGUAUCUGUGCCCCACCAUCCUUAUUCCUAUUGGCUCGUUUUCUUAUGUUUUCGGACUUCUCCCCAUCACAUUUUUCUUCCUGCUUGACGCUGUCCACCUCUUCACUUCUCUUUUUCUUAAUUUUGCAUGGUCACUCCUUCAUUCUCAGUGCUGGCUGUUAUUUUUUUUUACUUCUCCAGUCUAUUUUUGUAACGGUAUCAAAGCAGUUCAAGUAUGACUGUUGGCAGCUUGUGUCUAUAACCCUGCACUAACCCAGGCUUCCACUGUAGGGCUAUCCAAUCACCAUUCACACUGUAUUAGGUUGUCCACCAUCCUUUAUCCAAUCAGUGUUCUCCAUGUCCUGUAUUAUUGUCCUGAUUGUCUUUGUUCCAGUCAACAUUCUCCUUGUUCCUGUGUCCCUACCCUCCUUAUCCAAUCAGCAUCUGUGUUGCUAGAGCUGAUCUCCUCUCUGUCGUUUGUCCAGGCCUGUGAGCAUAGUCUGUAGUGGCUUCGGUCUGCUGACUCCAGUAGCUGUUUAGCUAGCGGGGGUAAACACGCAAGCAUCGUGUUCCUGUAAUGAGAUGCGGCUAAAGCAAACACAAAGGGCGCUCUCUGCUGAGGUUUUUAAACACUGAUUUUAAAUUGUUUUAUAGCAAGUUAUUUUAUAAACGAGUAUUUAUUAAAAAUGUCUGAUUUGUUUCUGACCAUAUCUUUUUUUCUUUUCUUUAACCAGUCCUUCUAUUUACGUGUUAAAUUCGGACCGUUCUACCAAGCCAAAACUUUCUGUUGACAGGUUUGAUUCCGCCGAAUUCAGUUCGUCGUCCUGAGAUUGCUUUUAUUUUUAUUUUUUUCUCGAUCGCAUCAGCCGAUGCUGCCGAAGCUACGUUGCUAAUAUUUUAUCGUAUACUACGAGCGCUGUGCAAAUAACACAACAGACAGACAGUCCGUGUUUCUGUAAGCAGUCAGGCAGUCAAACCUCCCAGCACGUUCUCGAGGAAGUGAGGUUAUAUGGACUUGCGUAGUUGUAAAACAUGGUUGUUUGAGCUUCGGUCAGCUUAAAAAAAGAAAAGUAAAAACAGCGCCAUUGCGCGUUUUAGUUUUCAUCACUGUAGCAUGAGUAUAAUUAUGUUGUGUUCGCAUGUGCUUCUACCCGGGUCUGUGUAUACACACGUAUAUACACAUCUGUAUUUACAAACACGUACACACACUAAGCUUGAGGAGUUUCUUUUCUCCCUCCGUUCCAUUGUUAACAGGUUAUACGAAAUGUAUUUCUUUUUCGGCUGAUUGGAAGCAGAUGGGUGUUCGUCAGGGGAUGAUCUCGUAUUUUGUAAAGGGGGGUUUGUAAUUGUACAUUUUAAGAAAAAAAAAAAACAUUUAAAAAAAUGGCGUGUAAGGGGAUGGUUGUGUGUGUAAUAAUUGUGUACAAAAAUUAACAAUCUUCUCUUUGAUAUACUUUUCUAGUUUCUCCACACACCCAGUCGAUGAUGGAGUUUAAAUACUUUGCUCUAUUAGUGGGUUUUUGGGAAUUUGCGUGUGUGGCCCUCUAUUGGAGGGGCAGCUGGGGGGGCGGGGUUAAACUUCUGUUUUUUUUUUUUUUUUUAAACUUGAAGUAAUUUCGUCAUCGACUCUGUAAUAAUAAAACUAUAAACAGUUUCUUAAUUUUUUUUCCCUUUUUUGUAGAGUUGAUUUGUCAUUUUGCUUCGUUAACCAUUCGGCUGUGAUUUCUGUUUGAGUAGAUUUCAUCUUGUGUCUUAAAUAAAACAUCUAAAUGUC